AUGCCGGUGCUGGCCCGUCUUGACUCCGCCUGCUGCUCCCCGGCGCAGAUGUCUUGCGACGGCGACGACGUCAGCAGGAGCAGCGCCGGCGUUGCGACCCCCGCCGCCUCCACCGCCGCUGGCCGUGGCGCCGCCGCCGCCGCCGCCGAUGAUGAUGGUGGUGGUGACGUGUCGGGCCAGCAGCAGGAGCAGCAGCAGCAGAUGCCACCGCCGUCGCCGCACGCGACCGUCGCCCUCCGAAUUGGCGAGGCAGCGGCGGCGGCAGCGGCGGCGGCAGGCGGUAGCGUGGCGUCGCCGACGAGGCCACCGGCGACUCCUACCUCCGGCGCCCGCAGGCACAGCAGCGGCGCCCCCGGUAGCCGUAUCAAGGCCGCGGCGAACGGCUGCAAGAGUAGGAGCAGCCUCGGCGCCGGUGACACCGCUAGCGGCGGCUCUGUUGGUACGUCUGGCCUCCGCCGGCCCUCGUCGUUUUAUUCUCCGAGCGGCGGCGGCGGCGGCGGCGAUACCGCUAACGGUAGUAAUGGCACUGCCGCCUCUGUUGGCACGUCUGGUCUGCGUAAGCCUUCGUCGUUUUAUUCCCCCAACGGCGUCGACGGCGGCGGCGGCGACACCGCUUACAGCAGUAGUAACGGCACUGCCGCCUCUGUUGGCACGUCUGGUCUGCGUAAGCCUUCGUCGUUUUAUUCCCCCAACGGCGGCGGCGGCGGCGGUGGCCACGGCGGCGGCCGUGGCAAUGACGGCGCCAGCAGCGGUAGCGGUACUGCUGUUGGAGGGACGUCUUCCGGUCUCCGCCGGCCCUCGUCCUUCUACUCCCCCAGGGGAAAGCCGUCGCGCUCCAGGGCGACCUCGAUCGGAUCGACGGCGGCGGAAACCCCAACGGCAACGCCAACAUCAACGCCAACCGCAACAACGACAUCGAUGCCACGACCAUCGACUCAGUCGGCAGCGGUAGCGACUCAGAGGGCGGCGGCAGCAGCAGGAGCAUACACUACCCCCGCGACACCAUCCCCGUCUCCCCUCUAUCGGGUCCGCGACAUCGAGUCGACCCCCACCAUCACGGCAAAUCCCCCCACGACGGCGCGCUCGCCCUCGUUCGACGGCGGCUCCACCGCCGCGGCAGCAGGGGCAGGGGCGGGGGCGGGGGGGGUGGCGUAUCGCUCCGCCUGGUCGCCAACCUCGUCCAUCUCGUCGUCGACCACCAUCACUACCCCGAGGUCGGGGAUCAUGAGCACCCCGCGGUCGUUCGGCGGCCUCGGCAGCAGCAGCAGCAGCAGCAGGCCUUACGCUCCGCCGCCGUACGGCAGCAACGGCGGCGGAAUCGGAACCGGAACCGGAACCGGAACCGGAACCGGAACCGGAACCGGAACCGGAACCGGAACCGGAACCACGGUGGCCGCCGACCACGAAGGCAGGAUCACGGUGGCUUGCCGCGUAAAACCCCGGCAGCGACGGCCAUCAGGCGGAGACGGCGGCGGCGGCGGCGGCGGCAACGAGGGGGGGCGAGGCCUCGGACCGGCAUCCUCGCCCUCUCCUUCGUCCCCGUCUUCCUGUUCUCGUUCUUCCUCGAGCUACUCGGCUUCGCCGGCGUGCGCGUCGGUUGGUCCGGACGAGAGGACGGUUGCGUGGGCCGGGGAGAGGGCUGACGGCGUCGGAGCGAAGCACUUCACGUUCGACUACGCCGCGGGGGAAGGGGUGGGCCAGGAGGAGCUGUUCGAGAAGAUCGGCCGGCCUGUCACCAACGCCUGCCUGGAGGGUUUCAACGGCACCAUCUUCUGCUACGGGCAGACGGGCUCCGGAAAAACCUUCACGACCUUCGGUCCCCCCGACGACGUCGUCAAUGGCGUCGACGGCGGCGGCGGCGACGGUAGCAGCAGAAGCAGAAGCGGAAGCCCCGGCGAGAGGGGGCUACGCGAAUCAUCCGAGUCUAUAUCCCCGGUGGGGGAGGAGAUCGACAGGAGUAGUAGUAGGACGUCCCCGGGAGGGGAUAGAAACGGAGCUUCCCCGGGAGGGGAAAGAAACGGAGCGUCGCCGGGAGGGGAAAGAAACGGAGCGUCGACGGGAGGGGAAAUAAACGGAGCGUCCCCGGGAGGGGAAGGGGAUGGGCCGUCCCCCGAGGGCAAGACGGCGAAGAGGAAAAAGAAGCAGCAGCAGCAGCAGCGGGUGGUGGCGGAGGCGGAAGGGGCGCGCGCUCUGGCGACGGGGGAAAACCGGGGUUUGGUUCCCAGGGUGCUGGAGUACCUUUUCGAUCAGUUUUCGGCUUCGGACGCGGGGCCUCCCUCCUCGCAGCAGCCGGGCGGUGAGGGAUCGAGUCCUCCCGCGCCUUCGGAGAUCCACGUCUGUCGGUGCUCCUUCUACGAGAUCUACAACGAACAGGUUUACGACCUGACUGUGCCGGAUGAGGACAGAGUGCCUCUCAACGUUAGGGAGGCCGCCGACAAGGGUAUAUUCCUGGAAGGCUUGUCAGAGGCAGAGGUGCCCUACCGCGACUCGAAGCUGACCCGUUUGAUGGCGCAUUCGCUGGGAGGCAACAGCAAGACAGUGCUCGUUGCGACGGUCUCGGCAGGGGUGCCGAAUGCGGGGGAGACGCUGUCCACGCUCAAGGGCCAUUUCCUAUCCGAGGUGAAGUCUCAGCUGCGGGAGGCGGACACGCUUCAGACGCGGCUCUCCAUGGAGGUGGUCUCGCUUCGACAGGAAGCGCGACAGCACAGGGAUACCGCCCUUGAGGCGACGGAGCUGCUAAGCGAGCGGCAGGCCAAGCUCGAAGAGCUGCAGCGGGCCUUGGAAGUGAAAGAGCACGAGCUCGCCAAGGUUGUCGCCGCCUCUCCUCGGAGGAAACGGGGGCCCCGCUGGUCGAAUCCGGGGACUCAAGGCCCGGGGCCGACCGGGUCAUCGUCAGCGACGCCGGGGGAUGAUGGCGACGACGACAACGACAACGACCAACACGAUAACGAUGCUGCCGAAGGCGGCGGCGUCGGCGGCGGCGGCGGGAAGAGAGACGUGAGGCUGAGGACGAAGCGGAAGACGCUGGGCGCCGCCGUCGCCGCGGCCAGGCGGAGGAACAACCGGCGCCGACGGUCCACGGGAGACGUGCUCGCAGACUGCGUUACCCCGGGUGGUUUUGACCUGGAAGGACCCUGGAGCGGAUAG